UCUCAUACAAAACCACUAGUCAUAAUAUAUCUUGAGUAUCAUCUCAUAUAUCUUUCUUAAUCGAGCAAGAAAAUCAUGAAGAACAAGGCUUCUGCUUUCUUGAAACAGAUAAUGAGCGUGUUGAGCUCCAUAGCCAAAGCCAAGUCCUUGGCCAUCAAGAGCAAAACCAGCGCGGUGAAAGCCCGCCUCAUAAUGUUCUCUUUGGUGAAGAACAAGAAGGUUUUGAUGGACACGGUGUCUCACAAGAUCCACAGCCUCCUCGGCCACGACCACCGCGACAAACAAAGCGACGAAGAGGACGACGAGGGAUCAGACCGAAGCAAGGCCCUCGUUCUCUACAACACCAUCACCAACAAGUACUCGCGUUCGGUUGGUGCUUGUUCGAGCUACAAUGCCAUGGCCGAGGAGGACGAGGACGAAGACAAUAAGUACCCGGAUCUGAGGCACUCGAUGUUCGACGAGGACGAGAACUUUGACGACGUGAAGGAUGGCGGGUCGGUGAUUGAUAUCGUGAGGAAUUCCAAGGAGGAAGGGGAGGAUUUCAAGCUGGAAGAUGAGAUUGAUCAGGUUGCGGAUUUGUUCAUUAACAGGUUUCAUAAACAGAUACGCUUGCAAAAGCUUCUCUCCUUCAAGAGAUAUCAAGAAAUGCUAGAGAGAAGCCACUAAUUAACUUUUAAGUGGAUUUGUUUACAUUAAUUAAUUACAUUAGGGAAGGGAUCGAUGGAUCCAAUCAAACCCCCUAUAUAAAUAGGUAUGUAUGUGGUGUGUUUUGUUGCCUCAUGCAUCCAUUAUUGGCCCGGCUUUUUCAGAGAAUAUUGAGCAUGGCUGAAAAGAACUUUAGGGCUUUUGUAAUUUUUACAUGCAUAAAUGGCUGUAAAGCUAUUUGUAAUGUAUACUUUUGAAAUGGAAUAAAAUGUUGGAGUGACCUUCCAAGUUCCAAUCA